GUCCGCGACCCGAGGGGCUUGGCAGGGGCGGGGCGGAAGGUGGCUCUCUGGUUCUCUCUCUCUCUCUCUCUCUCACACACACACACACACACACACGCACACGCACACACACACGCACACACACACACACACACAUACGCACGCACACACAUACGUACACGCACGCACACAGGGAGCAUCCUUCCGUCAGGUUUCCCGGUCCAGCCCCGCCCGCGCCUCUUGCUUCCCGCAGACCUUCUCCCUGCAUCCCUACAAGCCUCUUCAUUCUUUCCGGCUCCGGGACCCUCCCCGCCGAUCCCCCACAACACCCUGGGAUGGAGCGACUCCUGCCAGCACGGAGCCCCCCGCGGCCGGGGUGAAAAGUCCUCCGCCCCUCUCCUACCCGGCACUCGCCUCGAGCACCAUGGGCCUGAGGGGUUCCUGGGGCUCCGGUCUCUGAAAAUGACGGAUGCUGGAGCUCUCUUGAGUCAUGGCUUCCUCAAAGCUCCGAGAACCUGUGGAUGAAGUUUUUGACCUGGACUUGGCUGUACCAGAGACCACCAGACUGGACAGCAGCUUACACAAAGCCAGGGCUCAGCUGCUGGCUAAGGGCCGGAGACACCGACCCUCCCGCUCCAGGCUUCGUGACAGUGCCAGCUCUGCUGAGGAUGGUGAAGGCUCUGAUGGGCCUGGAGGCAAGGUUGGGGUGACUGACAGCUGCGGUAGUCCGCUGCACCGGCUGCGCUCGCCUCUGCACUCGGGCCCAGGCUCCCCGGCCGGUGGCUCUUUCUGCCUGGAGCCCCCCGGCUUGCGGCGCAGUCUGGAUGAGGACGAGCCGCCGCCCUCGCCACUUGCCCGCUACCGGCCCCUGCACAAUGCCGCCUCGCAUGAGGGCCUGGCCGCCACCUCCAGCUCGCCACCGCGCUCCGCACCCUCCUCCGACAGCUCCCCCAGUUUCGUGCGCCGCUAUCCGAGAGCAGAGCCUCACAGCGAAGAUGACAGCCGGGAUGCCAGCCCCCCCGAGCCUGCCAGCCCCACCAUUGGCCUGGAUAAGAAGACUCGCAGAAAAUUCCUGGACCUGGGGGUCACCCUCCGCAGAGCGUCCACUGGCAAGAGCCGGAAAGAGAAGGGUAGCAACCGCCUGUCCAUGGGCAGCAGGGAGUCUGUAGAAGGGUCUGGAAGGACAGGGGGUUCCCCGUUCCUGCCCUUUUCGUGGUUCACAGACAGCGGCAAGGGCUCUGCUUCCUCGGGGAGCACCACCUCCCCGACCUGUUCCCCCAAACAUGAGAGCUUCAGCCCCAAGAAGUCAGCUUCUCAGGAGUCUACCCUGAGCGAUGACUCCACACCUCCCAGCAGCAGCCCCAAGAUCCCCAGCGGUCCUCGACAGGAGACCAAGUGCUCCUAUCCCUACCACACGUUAUCCCAGUCUUCAGAUGAGUUCCUGGAUGAGUCCCUCCCUACUGUACAACACUGGAGCAGCCAGCAGGUGGGCCAGUGGCUGCGCAGCCUCAACCUGGAACAGUAUGCAGCCGAGUUUGCUGCCCAGGAGGUGGACGGGCCACAGCUCCUGCAGCUGGAUGGAAGCAAACUGAAGAGCCUGGGGCUUAGCAAUUCGCAUGACCGGGCACUGGUAAAGCGGAAGUUGAAGGAGCUGGCAGCGGCUGCUGAGAAGGAACGGAAGGCGCAGGAGAAGACAGCACGGCAGCGGGAAAAGCUGCGCCGCCGAGAGCAUGAGGCCAAGAAGAGCUAGGGCUGGCUGGCGGGGCUGGCACCCCGGCGCAUUUGCAGCCACCUGCAUGGGUCUUACCAGGGAAGCAGAGUCUAGGCACUGGGCUCUUGGGGUACAUGAUCCCCUUACCCUGUUUGAACCGAGUCCUCUGGAGGGAGAUCCCAGUAAUAAACCCAAUUUCGAGGACUUAUUUGGCACAGACUUCCAGGGAGAAGCAGGUGGCAGAUGAAGAGGGCAGAGGCCAGGAAUGCAGCAAAUCUGGAGCCCAGAGGAGCCUGGUUCAAGCUGAACCUCCGCCCUCUGGCUAGAGUGGCAUUGAGCGGGAAAUGACCUGGCAGGAGAGGCCCUACCCUGACCAGGAUUCCUAGGCUUAGAGAGCAGCCUGGGCAUCCCGACAGCGGGCAGGAGACAACUGUGUCUCCUCAGCUCUGGAAGGUGGCUGUGUGGAGGGUGGGGGCAGUUCUCCUCAGAGAGGCCAGUGGGCACUGCCAGUAGCACUCAGGGUAGAUUCCCAGACACCUCCUCAAAGGAGAGAAGAGCGAGCAGCGCAGGGUAAGCUGGCCUCGUAAGGACUGCAGAGAAGGGAGCCCUCUCUCUUCCCUCUUCAUUACCCUGCAGGUUCCAGGGCAUAGGUCUGCUCCUCUCCCAUUGGGUCAGGAGUGGGCCUCUGACCCUUUCGAAGAGCUAGAAUCCAGUUCUUCAGAGAGUACUUCUUUGGGGGCAGGAUGAGCUUGGGAGCUGUUGGGGACACAGGACAUCCCCUCCCCCCCAGUGCCUAGAUGGUGCUGACACAAUCCAAGGGUGGUCUGGAAACUGCUGGAUCAGAAGGUUCCAUUGGCUUUCCAGGUGUCCUGGGUGUGUCAAGGCCUCAAUGGGCCUAGAGCUGAUACACACUGCUUAGGUUUGCUGGGCUUCAGGGUGGGGGGCUGGCACAUGCCCUCCAUAGGACAUGUUCAGAGAGAGAGGAUCCAGAUGUCAUGCCGACCAAGCCUCUUGGGCUCUGGUCAGUUAUUACUGGGUCCAGGUUUUCUGAUGAGAAACUCAACUCCCACCCCUCCCAGCUUCCUGAAGGGAUGGACAGGAUCUGCAUGCUAAUUCCCUCUCUCCGGCCUGGGGAAGUGGCUAAAGGCCAGGGCCAUGAGCUUGGGCUCAGCCAUCUGCCCUGGGAGAGGGGCCUCAGAGGGAAAUGAAGGUAUAGGGGCAUUGGCACUAUCUAGACUGGGUGGGGAGGGUGGAGGCCCUACUGUCCCUAAAGCCGUCAGGAGCCAAGUGUGCCCACCUGCAUGUGAAGGGGGGAGAUGGUUCUCAAUUAUUUCUUUCAAUAAAUACUUACCACA